UCCGGUUCUCAGGGCGACUUCAUUCACCCACGCGUGGUGAAGGAAGCCCGCUUACCCAUGACAGGGUCUCCGACUCCCAUCUCCGUUACCCUAGGGGAUGAUAAGACCCAGCGCUUCUUCGAUCAGAAGGUCACCGACCUCCCCUUCUUCGUCACUCUCGAGCCGACUGAUCGUUCCCCGGCGUUUUGUCGCCACCGCUCCUCUGCACAUUUCGAUGUGAUGGAGACGGGGUAUGACUUCAUUCUCGGCACUCUGUGGUCUCGUUGGUUCCACAGCACCGAGGCCGAUUGGGCGACCAACACUCUCGUUCUCAGAACGAAGUGUAGACAGACGUAUCGCGUACCUUUCAUAGGUACCACGACGACACCACGCCCCGAUCCUCCUCCCCCGGAGCCUUCAGUGCCCACACCAUCUUCCUCUAUCACUGUCACCUCGCCUCGGCAAUUCGCUCACUUCAUUCGACAGGACGACGUCACCUUCUUUAUGGUGGACGUGACGGAUCUCUUACACUAUGAUCCACCCUGUCCCGACGCCKAGCUCAUCCCUCUGGAGCCUGAUCCUCCCUCUAUCUCCAUGGCUCCCAUCUCUACUUCCGYCCCUCCGCCGUCCGUCGAGUCCACCCCGCCAUCGCGCGCCGACGCUGACGCUGAGGAACUCGCACGAUAUACGGCUGACUUGGAGCCCGCAGUUCGUGACCUCAUCCGAGAGUACCACGACGUUUUCCCAUCGUCAUUCUCGUACGCCGGCAUUCCACCGAUGCGUGACGUCGAGCACUCCAUUCAGCUUGUGCCUGACUAUCGUGUUCACCACCAGGCACCCUACAGACUCUCGAUCCCCGAGGCCACCGAACUCAAGCGUCAGCUUGAGGAACUCCUGAGACUAGGUUUCAUUAAACCCAACAACUCCCCGUGGGGUGCACCCGUCCUCUUUGCUCGCAAAGCGGAUGGAACUCUCUGUCUCUACAUCGAUUAUCGCGGUCUUAACCGCUACACAGUUAAGAACAGCUACCCCAUGCCUCGUUCCGAUGAGCUGUUCGACCGCCUAGCAGGCAACCGCUUCUUUACGAAGAUUGAUCUUCGUAGCGGUUACCAUCAGAUCUGCGUCGCUGCAGCCGACCAGCCGAAGACCGCGUUCCGAUCGCGAUUCGGCCACUAUGAGUUCACGGUGAUGUCAUUCGGCCUCACUAAUGCUCCCGCUACCUUUCAGAGGGCGAUGAACGACAUCUUCAGGGAUAUCCUAGAGCAGUACGUUCUCGUCUACCUCGACGAUAUCCUAGUCUACAGUCGUACACUUGAGGAACACCUCAGACAUCUCCGCGACGUGCUUGACUGCUUGCGCAGACAUGGAUUCUACGCCAAGCUGAGCAAGUGCCGCUUUGCCCAGCACAAAGUGAAUUUCUUAGGACACUACGUGUCUGACCAGGGUCUCCACAUGGACGACGCGAAGAUCACUGCUAUUGCGGAGUGGCCCGCUCCCACAUCCGCCAAGCAGCUUCGCAGCUUCCUAGGCCUGACCAGCUACUAUAGUAACUUCAUCCGGGGAUACGCUAGGUAUUCCUACGUCCUUACCUCCACCCUCCUCCGGAAGAACCCACCCUGGGCUUGGACACCCCUCCACAAGGACGCCUUCCGCGCCCUCAAGAAGGCGGUGACAUGCGCACCGGUUAUUCACCUACCCGAUUUUGACCGCCCUUUUAUCCUUACCACUGAUGCAUCAGACUUCGCUGUAAGAGCAGUGCUUUCUCAGCUCCGCUUCUCCUCGUCUUACCAUCCUCAGACUGAUGGUCAGACCGAGAUCACGAACAGGACUCUCGGAGAUAUUCUUCGAAAGAUUGUUCGUGACGACCAGCAGUGGGAUCUUCAUCUUGCCUACGCGGAGAUAGCCUACAACCACGCCGUCUCGGCAGCCACGGGGAUGUCGCCUUACUAUUGCGACCUCGGCUAUCACCCUCGUGUUCCCGCGGACUUCCUUCGACCGUCCCAGCUGCACCCCGACACGACUUGUCCCACGCUGAGCGAUUGGGUUGCACACAUGACGUCGAUCAUGAAGACCGCACAUGAGCACAUAGCCGCUUCCCAGACUCGCAUGGCAGCACGUGCGAACCGAUCGAGGAUGGAUCAUCCAUUCAAGGUCGGUGAUGAUGUGCUUAUCGACGCCCGCCACUUACAGCUCGAAGCGGACACGCUUUGCAAGUUUCGGCGUCACUUCUUUGGCCCAUGCCGCAUCCUCCAGACCGUCGGUUCUGAUACGGCAUCUAGCCCGGUCAGCUUUCGUGUGAAGCUGCCCGACUACCUAUGCCAGGCUCGUGUGCAUGAUGUCUACCACGUCUCGUUACUGCGUCCUUACCGCAGACCGUCUGAGCGUUUCGCUGGACGACCCUACGAGCGCCCUCCACUCAUCAUGGUGGACGGCCACGAGGAGUUCCUCGUUUCAGACAUCAUUGAUCGCCAAGUCACCGACGAUAACCCUCCCCACGUAGAGUAUCUCGUACGUUGGAGGGGUUACCCUGAUGAGGAGGCUACCUGGGAGCCCAUCGAGCACUUGCAGCGCGCUCGCAUGUUGGUGCGUGCUUAUGACCGUGCUCGUCGUGCUGGGUUCACUGCUCCUCCUCAUCCCACUGACCCUUCUCCUUCUCCCCCGGCUGAGGAGACCGCUGAAGUCGAGCCUGCUCCAUCUGAGGCAGACCUUCAGCAGCAGCCGGAUGCUUCUGAGCGUCCACAACGCACUCGUCGUCGUCCUGCUCGAUACGACGAUUGACUCUGACUUACCUUCCCACGCCUUUGACUUCUCAGUACUCCAUCCACAUCAGUUUUGCUACUUCAACUCAUCGACGCUGCGGCUCUUCCUCGA